CCUGAAAACACAAGUACGGUCGAGAUGCCACCCAGCAUGUCAUCGGGCACAUAUGUUUUCAAAGGGGACCUCGGGUUUAACAGCACGGAUAAAAAUUUUGCCGUCAUCAAAACGGAGGCACAUGUAAAUGUGCCUUUCGAAGCAGCUCUUGAAAAAGCAGGAUAUGGCAAAUUUCAAUACUUGCUCUUUCUUCUUGUUGGCUGCUCGGUCAGCUCUAUGGGCAUGGAAACCAUAGUGGUUUCCAUUGUUAUACCUGCUGCAAGAUGUGAUUUCGACAUAUCAUCAAAAGAUGCUGGAUAUUUGUCUGCAUUUCCUCAACUAGGUACAAUUAUAGGAGCAUUUCUUUGGGGUACUCUUGCCGACAUAUAUGGAAGAAAAUGGAUAUAUGUCAUGACAAUGUUGUCUGGGGGGCUUUCCAGCCUUUUGUCCAGUUUUGCACCGAACUUCAUCAUUUUUAUGGUGUUUAGGAUUAUUAGUGCAGUAGGCCUUGCAGGUAUUCUAAGUGUAUGCUUAGCCUACCUUGCUGAAUUUCAACCCAUAAAGCUGAAAGAAAAGGCCGUCAGUUGGAUGGAGUUUUGGUGGUCAGUCGGCAUCAUACUGUCUCCUUGCCUAGCAUGGGCGAUCAUCCCAACAAACUUGAGGUUCGAAAGCGAAUAUUUCAACUUUGCAUCUUGGAAUUUGUACGUCGCGACAAAUGCUAGCGUCAUGAUUAUGUUGGGUUUCAUUGCGAUGGGAUUUCCUGAAAGUCCAAAAUAUUACGAAGACAUCGGGGAACGCGAGAAAGCCAUAGAAGUAUUAAGAUACGUCUACUCCGUCAACACGGGUUGCCAUCAAUCUUUCUUUAUGUGUGAUCUCAUGGAGGAAAAAGGCAUAAGCGUCAUUAGCACUAAUAACAACCCUCAACUUGCUAAGCCAAAACGUACGUUUCAGUCGAUUUUUUAUGACAUGAAAACCCAGACCAAACUUCUCUUUGUCAAACCGCAUUUCCUAAAUAUCUCAUUGGUCGGGAUAAUAUCAUUCGGAGUGACUGGAGUGUAUUAUACGUACAUGUUGUGGUUUCCUGAGCUGUUUUCGCGGUUUAACACUUUUGAACACCAACAUCCUGGGCAGACGACAUCAAUGUGCGAAGUGGCCUCUAUCUUCGUAGAAACGACAAAUAAAUGCCGCAAUGAAGUGGAUCCUGAAAUAUUCAAGAAUUCUGUGAUCAUUGGCCUUUCUUCCAUUCCGACAAGCUUGUGGCUUUCAAUGUGCAUCAACCGCUUAGGUUGUAAAUUUUUCCUUUUGUUUUGCAUGGGAGUUGCAGGGUUAUCAUGUCUCGCUUUGUAUUUUGUCACUUCAUCAUUUCAAAAUCUGAUUCUCUCAUGUUUUUUGGGAGCGUUUGCUUCGAUAAGCACUAUGGCAAUGUUUUGCAGUUUGGUAGAUCUCUUCCCUUCACAAAUAUGUGCCAUGGCAAAUGGUGUGUGCCUCAGUCUUGGAAAAGUGGGAACUUUAGUCGCUAGUCUUUUCUUCGGCUACCUCAUAGAUUACAACUGCGCCAUUCCUAUUUUCUUAUUUGCCACCAUUAUGUUCUGUUGUGCAGUUCUAGCGUGGUUUCUUCCACUCAAGAAACGCCCAAUGACGGAUGAAUGAUUGCACAUUGGAUUCAUUCAAAAGAAAAACCAACAGUUUCUCCUUCUUCUAGUCAAAAACAAAACAAGAACAGCACAUUAUUUAUUUAUUUAUUUAUUUGUAUGAAUAAAUAUACCCAGUUACAAGUUC